AUGGAAGACCGGGAGAACGAAAGAAUGGAAGAACGGAAAAACAGAGGAAUGGAAGAUGAAGGAAUGGAAGCACGCACCAUGCAUGUGAGCCAUUGCCAUCUGCAUCCACCGCAGCAGCAGCAGCAGCAGCAGCAGCAGCAGCAGCAGCAGCAGCAGCAGCAGCAGCAUCGCCUCUCCUACUCAAGCCCCAGCGAAGCGAGGGAAUCCCCAAAGGAGCUGGAGCAGGCCAUAGCUUGGCUCUCCAUGCCCAGAGGCGCAUGCCCCCCCCCCACCACCCGCACCAUGCCCCCCCCUCCCACCACCCCCAUCGGCCCCACCCCCAUUGCUGCGGACGCACCGCCACCAGCAGCAGCCGCGGCGGCGGCGGCGGCAGCGGCAGAGGGUGGACCUGCUGCUGCUGCCGCUGAUGCCGUUGCUGCUGCUGCCGCUGCUGGCGCUGCUGGCGUUGCUGCUGCUGCCGCUGCUGGUGUAGCUGCUGCUGCCGCUGCUGGUGUUGCUGCUGCUGCUGCUGCCACUGCUGGUGUUGCUGCUGCUGCCGCUGCUGGUGUUGCUGCUGCUGCUGCUGCUGCUGCUGCCACUGCUGGUGUUGCUGCUGCUGCCGCUGCUGGUGUUGCUGCUGCUGCUGCUGCCACUGCUGGUGUUGCUGCUGCUGCCGCUGCUGCUGGUCGGGCCAGUGGUGUGCAACCCUCCAGCUCCCUUCGCACUUGCUGCAGUAUUGACAAGCCCUCUGCUAAGGGGCACGGCACUGCUGCUUCUGCUGCUGCUGCUGCUGCUCCUGCUCCUGCUCCUGCUCCUGCUCCUGCUCCUGCUCCUGCUCCUGCUCCUGCUCCUGCUCCUGCUCCUGCUCCUGCUCCUGCUCCUGCUCCUGCUGCUGGCGCACUUGCCUGCAUCGUUGAGUGCAGGAAAGGGGGAGGGAGGGGACGCAAGUGGUUGCGCAUGAAGGGGCUGGGGAUAAGACAUGUGACACUGACAGUGCAAGCAAGUGCUUACACUACUACUAUUGACUGCGUGGGUGUGGCUCACUCCACGGCCCUCUCACUCCACGCCCUCUCACUCCACGCCCUCUCACUCCACGCCCUCUCACCACACGCCCUCUCACCACACGCCCUCUCACCACACGCCCUCUCACCACACGCCCUCUCACCACACGCCCUCUCACCACACGCCCUCUCACCACAGGAUGUAU